UCACUUCACUUCCACACGCUUCACUUCAUUUCCAGACCUUCGACGCUCUUCCACGGAAACCCUUGACCGUCUUCUUCCCUCAUCUGUUAGGGCUUCUCGCCGUCGGCAUCAAGACAUAAUCUUGGGUUUUCCGAUCACACGUUCUUUCUUUGGGCUAAAAAAAUUCUGGGCUUUGUGCCUAAUUUUGAGAACUAUCAGAUCUUGGUUGAUAUCCUGGGAAGUAGUAAGCAGUUUGCUAUGUUACAGGAUUUCUUAUAGAAAUGAGAUUGACAAAUUUUUUUCCCCAGAGCUGUUGUUGAAGCUCGGUUAACGCACGAAGGGGAUCUGAAACCCACGGUGAACAGAUAGAAGCUCCACGACGACGAAGACAACCUCCAAACCACGGUGCACAGAUCGACAUUGCCAACCCACGAAGAUGAAGAGAAGCGUCUGCAACCCCAUUGCUGUUAUGGGAGUAUCGGAGAUUUCAUUACAUUGCUGCAUCGAAUGUGGGUUUUGAUGGAUGAAUAUGUAUCAAUCUGAGGAGAUUUCUAGAAAAUGCUCUCUCUGCGAAUCGUUCGCAGAUUCUGUCAUGCUAUUGCCACCAUUGCAUCAACUGAAAGUUCUGCAGCCGUAUCAAAUUUCAUUCGAGACUCGAAACCACUAGAAGAACCUGCCCUUGUGAAGCUUAAAAACGAGCGGGACCCUGAGAAGCUGUUCCAUUUGUUUAAGGCCAAUUCACACAAUCGCCUUGUAAUUGAAAAUCGAUUUGCAUUUGAGGAUACAGUGUCUAGGCUAGCUGGUGCCGGCCACUUUGAUUACAUUGAGCAUUUGCUUGAGCAUCAGAAGUCUCUUCCGCAGGGUCGGCGUGAAGGGUUCCUUGUGAGGAUCAUAAUGUUGUAUGGUAAGGCUGGAAUGACUAAACAUGCUAUCGAUACCUUUUAUGAUAUGCAUUUGUAUGGAUGUCGAAGGACUGUUAAAUCAUUCAAUGCUGCCCUCAAGGUUUUGACGAGAACACGUGACUUAAGAGCAGUUGAAGAAUUCCUUAACGAUGCUCCUGUGAGGUAUUGUGUUGAAUUGGACAUUUAUUCAGUUAACAUUGUUAUAAAGGCUUUUUGCGAUAUGGGUUUUUUGGAUAAAGCAUAUUUAAUCAUGGUAGAGAUGGAAAAGUUCGGAUUAAAGCCGGAUGUGAUUACGUACACAACCCUUAUUUCUGCAUUUUAUGAGGAUAACAGGUGGGAGAUUGGUAAUGGGCUGUGGAAUAUAAUGAUGCUAAAGGGGUGUCUACCAAAUCUUGCAACUUUUAAUGUUAGGAUCCAGCAUUUGGUUAAUAGGAGACGAGCAUGGCAAGCCAAUGGUUUAAUGGUUACGAUGCAGAAGCUUGGGAUCACACCUGAUGAGGUUACCUAUAAUUUGGUGAUCAAAGGAUUUUGUCAGGCUGGGUAUCUUGAAAUGGCCAAAAGGGUCUAUUCUGCCUUACAUGCCAAGGGCUGCAAACCCAACAUUAAAAUUUAUCAGACCAUGAUUCAUUAUCUCUGUAAGGGAGGGGAUUUUGAUUUGGCGUAUGGGAUGUCUAAAGAAUGCAUGAGAAAGAAUUGGUUUCCAAAUGUUGAUACCAUUCAUUCGUUGCUUGAAGGCCUCAAAAAGAAUGAGCAGCUUGGUAAGGCAAAGGUCAUCCUGGCAUUGGCCCAUGGUAGGGUACCUCCUUUUUCUUCGAGCAAAUUGGGUGCUUUAAAAUCCACAUUGUCCAGGUAUUGAAGUAAGACGAUGGACUGGUAGGCCUGUAGUAGUUUGAUUAAUGUAGCAGAGGAAUGUUACUUAUAAAAAAAAAUGUAGCAGAGGAAUGCUUAGUUGGAGCUGGUAUUCUUUUACACAAUUCAUUUGUAAAUUUGCAAAACUAAUUGGACAUGGGAUCCUAACGGGUUUAUUCAUACCAAACUCAGUUGCUGUUUACUCCAGUUAACUCACUGUAACACCUCUAUAAAUUCAUGAUGAAAGGAGAGUUCUUGAUGGAUGUUGGUUGCCCA